AUGUUUGCUUUGGUGCUUUGUGCGAUAGCCUGCCUCUUGGCGGGAGGUUCCGCCGAUUUCGUGGAACACAAUGCCACUCCACCUAAGAUAGCUGACGCCAAGUUUUUGCAAAGACAAAUAGACCUUCUGACUCUAUACUUCCACAUUAAUGAACCUCUCCACGACCCCAAGUUGAAAUCUAUUGCGCAGUCAUGGGAUCUAGCUGACAAUGUUGACAAGUUCAGCAAUGUUACCGCGGUACGAAUGUACACUAACCUCAUAGAUUAUGACAUGCUACUACCCCGUUCAGUGCCAUUCUCUAUCUUGGACCCAACGCAUCAGUUUGAAGCAGUCACCUUAUUCAACGUUCUCCUAUCGGCCAAAGAUUACGACGUAUUCUACAACACAGUAGUACAUUUGAGAGAUAUCGUCAACGAAGGCCUCUUCGUCUACGUAUUGGCUACAGCGACGGUCCACCACCCGGAGACUCAAGGCAUCGUUGUUCCACCUCUGUAUGAAGUGUUCCCGUGGUACUACCACAAUGGAGAAAUUAUGCAAAUCGCUAAUAGGGUCAACACGCACGGAAAACGUUUGAUCCAGCAUUACCCCCAAACUUACCUUUGGGAAGAUAACGUCGUCAUCAGGUGGAAUACUACAAUGUGGCCAUACCUGGAAAACAUGGACGUCUCUACCUUCUAUUAUUCCCAAGACUACGCUCUAAACACUCUUUACUACAACAAUCAUUUGACGUAUCCGUUCUGGUUAAGUGGCCAGAAUGGUCCCCUCAUGAAGUAUAAGCGUGGAGCUUAUUACUGGUUCUUCAACAAACAAUUAACAAAUCGUUACUACUUCGAGAGGCUGUCUAACGGCUUGAGCGAAAUUCCUGAAAUCGGUUCGGACAUCGUUGAAGAAGGUUUCGCUAGCGGUCUUGUUUAUCCUAAUGGUAUUCCGUUCCCUGUGAGGCCAGACAAUCUACGCAUUGACCAGCCUAAGUACUUGGAUACGGUUGAGAAGAUAAAGUCUUAUGAACGGCGCAUAAGAGAUGCUAUUGAACUGGGCUAUGUGGUAUCAUCCUCUGGAGAAAAGAUUUCCUUAAGAACUCCCGAAUCUAUUAACGUACUAGGUAACAUCAUUGAAGGCAAUGUAGAUUCGCCCAAUCUAGUCUAUUACGGCAGCUUCAUUAACACUUGGAAGUCACUCUUGGGUAACUCUAUCAUUUCUGGCCAUGUUUACCAAAAGCAGCAUGUACCUCUAGUGGUGCCAGCGACUUUAGAAAACUACCAAACUUGCAUGUCUGAUCCAGCCUUCUAUAUGAUCUGGAAGCGAGCAUUCACCUUCUUCACGCUUUGGGCGUCAUAUCUGCCUAAACACGAGAUGGAGACACUUUCAUUGCCCUCAGUAACGAUCAAGAAGGUGGAAUCUGAUAAGCUAGUCACCUACUUCGAAUACAAGUACCUGAACGUAACCAAUGCUCUGUACUUAAAUGAACGUGAGAGUAAAAUGGUGGAAGAUGAAGUCAGUGUUCUAGUCCAACGUCCACAAUUAACCAACAAGGUCUUCAACGUUCGCGUGCACGUCAAGAAUGACGUUGCUAAGAAGGUUGUGGUUAGGUUCUUCUUAGCACCAAAAUACGAUAGUAAUGGAUAUGAAAUUCCCUUACACCUUAACACCGAAAACGUCUUCCAGCUCGACCAAUUUGUAUACCAGUUACCAGUUGGAGAACAUGUCAUCAGACGGGAAUCGACAGGAAACAUGUACACCAUUGACCAGUGGUACUCUAGUUACGAAGUCUAUCAGAAGGCUCUUAACGCUUUACAAGGAAAAGGACAGUUUGUUGUCGACAUGAAGCAGUUCUUCGACGGUUAUCCUCGCAGACUCAUGCUGCCAAAGGGUCGCGUCGGUGGUAUGCCGUUCGUUCUCUUCGUCCACAUAUCUGAUUACGUAGCACCAGAGACACCCUACGGCCAAGGAGUGAAUCCAGAACAGACCUUCGGCAUCGGUACAGGAGCCCGAAGAAUGACAGCCUACCCCCUCGGCUUCCCAUUCGACAGGCCACUCCACCAGUAUCAAGUGGAAAAACUCACCAAUUUCUAUGCCUACGACGUUCUUAUUCACCACAAACCCAUUCCUGAAAUCUACGUGCCGCAAUAG